AUGAAAAAUUAAAUUGAAAGUUUUCUCUAACCCGGAGGAAAUAGAGGAAUGGGGCUUUGGAUGUUUGGAAUACCACUUAUCAUAGUCUCUACUCUGGGUCUCCUUCUUAAUGCUUGUGUACUUCUGGUAGUAGUUGGCCUUGGCAAGCAGACGCAACAACAACAAACUUCUAACACUAUUCUCCUAAUUCAUCUUGGAGCUGUAGAAUUCGCUAUCUGUUUUAUUUUUCUAAUAUCUACGACCGGCUUUUGGCCUAUCACUAGUACCUGGUGUAUGCUACAUGGAUUUUUACUCACAUUUUUGCACCCUGUUGCUCUGUGGACAGUGACUGGACUUAAUGGUGACAGAUAUUAUGCAAUAGCUGCACCUCUUCACUACACCGCAGUGGUUUCACCAAGAAGAGUUAUUCUGGGAUUAGCUGCAUCCUGGACGGGUGCUUUAUUACUCUGUCUACCACCACUCUCAGGCUCUGUAUCUCCUUUCAAAUACAAUUCGCACUUUGGUUGCUGUAUUCCUGACUUUGGCCAUGAUUUUAAAGUUAUUGCUAAUAUCAUCUAUGCUGUCGUUUAUGUAUUUCUGGGCUUAAUUCUUCCUGCUAUUCUAGUAACAAUUUGUAAUCUUAGAGUUCUUGGAAUAGCUCGUUAUCAUCGACAUCGAAUAGCUAGUGCAAUUUAUGAAGUCACUCUCAGUGCCCAGGUGACCAUUACUCAUCAGAGAAAUCCAUUUUUUAUGCCUACUGUAACUACACCAGCUGCUGGAGGUCCACCUAAAUUUCAUAGUGCUGCCAGUACUGUCAUGCAAUUAGUUGGAUCACUCUAUCUACUUUAUUUUCCUUAUUGUGGUCUCAUCCUGUGGGAAGCUUGCAGUGCCGCAAGUCGUUUCCACGUACAUCCUCAACUCGUGUCCUUGGCCUCACUUUUACUAGCUAGUUCGCCACCGAUUAACGGCUUACUCUACGGCCUCAAGUCACGAACUCUUCGUCGUUCUGUUCAGAACUACUGGCGUAAAAAAGUGACUAAGUCAGAAUUGCAGCAGGAAAUUCAAGCAAGAACUCCGAGCGUUGCAGGUUCUAGAAGACCAUCGGGAAGCGGACCAGUAUCUCUGUUUCCGUUUCCUCCACUCCAAAGACGUCUGAGUGAAGCUCUCUUAAAUUUAGGAGCAAAUUCAAGAAAUGGAAUAGGUUUUGAAAGUGGAAAUAUUAACAAUUUUAAUCAUAGACUUCAACCUGCUGCAUCAUAUAAUACUUUGCCUGUUCCAACUUUUGAAUCAGUAGGAAGUGGGAAAUUAGUACGAACGAGCGCAAGUAUCACCAAUCUCAUGGGUUAUCGCGAAUCAUCAAACACUGCAAGUGAGCCAAGUCAAGUAUUAGCAUUAGAUCAUUCAAAACGAAGUCCUAGAAUAUUAAUAACUCACGCACACAGCGUAGAAAGUCCAGAAGGUGGUAGUCCUUUAUUAAAAAGAUUGGGUAUUACUUCAAGUAAUUUUGCUGGAAUAAAUGACAAAAAACGUUGGCGUCACAUUAGUACUGGGAGCGACAGUAGCACAGGAAGUAGUGACGCAAGUGUAUGGACAACAGGAAUAGUUCAAAAAAUGACCAGAGGAAAUUCGAAGAAUACCACCGACAGUUGGUCAGCGGGUAAACGAUUUAUUCGUGUUUGCACUUUAGAAGAAGGAGCUUUAUUGUUUACUGGAAUAAGAGUUAAUAGUGAAAGUAGUGAUACAACGGAUACAACACUAACCACUGGAACAUCUACUUUCAUUUCUAAAACGACCUCUUUGAGUGAAGAAAGAAAAAAUGGAGAAGCAAUAAAUGACGUCAGAAAAAAAUACGAAAAUGGGAGUGAAAGCGAAGCAAGUUGGAGCAGUAUUGACGAAGAAAAUGAGAUAAAAUUAAAUAAAUCGAGCAGAAGAAAUGACAAUACGAAUUUCAGUAGAAGUCUUUAUAGCAGUAGCAGUCCUGAAAGAAGAAAGACUGUCGAUACCAAAAAUCUCAGAAUGUCAAGAAAAUGGAGAAAAAAAAGAAAAGACACAGGACAUAGAAAUUUAAUAAGUAUUCGGGACAAGAGAAAAUCGAAUGAAAAUCAAGAUAAUACUCUACAAUUACAACCCCUACUGGGAAGGAAAGUAGUCGAGCUCAAACCACGUGUAAAAUUAUAACUCGAGCCGAAGACGAGGGAGGUAAAUAUGUGGUUUAAGCUAGUUUGAUUGUCCUCCUUAGGGCUGAAUAUGAUUAUUCGUCAUACCUGCGUGGGAGGUUCAACCCUUCUCUAAUGGAAAAGUGAACUUUCCGCGCGUGUAUGAUGAAAAAAAUAUUUUCCAAAAAAUAGUCAUAAGGGUAUUUUCAGUUUAAUUGCAGCUCUUCAUACUGAACAAAAUAAUAUAAUUAUAAUUUGUUUUUGCAUCAACUUAUACAACAUAUCCUAUAAAUUAUAUUUUUCUAUAAUCACAUUCAACUAAUGUUAAAAUAAGAAAAAAUAAUUUAUUUAAUAAUAUUAGAUUUCGUUACAAAACUUGAAAUUAUAUAAAUUAUUAUUAUUAUUAUUUAAUGAAAUGAAAAUAGUAAAAUUAAGUAUAUAUUUAUGUAACUGGAGAAUAUCACAUCUGUAAACAUUGAUUGUUACUGUUGUUGUUAAUUCAUAAUUUUCAGUGUAUCGAUAUUAAAAUAAUAAGGAGAAAAGUGCAACCUCAGCAAAGUAAACGUCUUCUCGAGUAGCAAUCUUUUUUUUGUUUUUAUAUAAAUAGUUCUAUAGUAUUGAAAAAAAAUUUUUUGAUAAUUUUUUAAAUAAAGUUAUACUUCUCCGAUUUCGUUGAAAUUUUAGUAUGCUAUAGAAAAAAUUAAACUGAACAAGAAUAUAUAUAUAGGGCGCGGAAACCGUACCUUACAGUAUUUUUUUGCGUUUGGAGAAUCAAAUAAUUGUAAUUUUUCAGUGGUUGUAAUAUUUAAAUUAAACAUUGAAAGGAAUAAAAGAGACAAAAUAGUAGCAGAGUAUUGAUAAAUUUCAAAAAUAACAAUGAAAAAAGGCUUCCAAUCUCUACAAAUGAUGUAAUACAUAGGAGAAAAAGAACAAUGAUCAAAUUUUCCGAUAUUACGUUAAGAUAUCGUUUUGAAAUCGAUUGCAAAAUAUUCUGUAAUACCAACAAAAUGUCAUAGUAACUGUAAAAUAGUUAGCACGAUUUUUUUAAUUUUUUGCGAUCAAAUAUCUUCAAAUUAGGUCGAAGAUAAGAAAAAUACGGUGACAGAAAUCUUCGUUGCACUGUAAAAAAUAAAAAAUGUUCUAUAAAAUAUUGUCGAUUAUUAAAUAUUUAAGAAGUUAUUAGUUAAAAUGUGCGGGCUCGAGCAGGCAAAAACUGUAUAUAACAAAAAAACACAAUGACGUGUACAUGUUUUUUCCACGAAUGGUCUUUUCUGAAUUUUCGUGUAAUUUUACGUAAAAAAAACCUUGGUUCAAAAUGGAAUGUUAAAUUUUCUAUUACCCCUGUCUCUAAUUGCACGAUACUGGACUCAUAACAUACUAAAAUUUCAACGAAAUCGGAGGGGUGCAACCUUUUCUAGAUAAUUACCAAAACUGUUAAUUUUUAGUUAUUAUAGACACUAAAGAAAAUUAUUAUUUUUUUUACUUUAUCAGAAAAAUA